AGGGGGUCCAGAGCCAGAGGCCCGAAGGGGCCCUGGCCGGGGCAGGCCCAAUGAAGACACUACUGACCAUCCUAGCUGUGGGAUCCCUAGCCGCUCACACUGUCAAGGACACAUCUGGUCUCCUUCAUCACGUGAAAUUCCAGUCCAGCAACUUUGAAAACAUCUUGACGUGGGAUGGUGGGCCGGCUAGCACUCCGGACACGGUCUACAGCGUGGAGUAUAAGAGGUACGGAGAGAGAGAGUGGCUGGCCAAGGCAGGCUGCCAGCGGAUCACCCAGAAGUCCUGCAACCUGACUAUGGAGACCCGUAACCACACUGAAUUUUACUAUGCUAAGGUCACAGCUUUCAGCUCGGGAGGUCCACCAGUCACCAAGAUGACUGAUCGCUUCAGCUCAUGGCAGCACACUAACAUCAAACCGCCUGAUGUGACCUGUAUCCCCAAAGUGAGGUCCAUUCAGAUGCUGAUCCACCCCGCACUCACACCCGUCCUCUCGGAAGAAGGCCACCAGCUAACCCUGGAGCAGAUUUUCCGUGACCUGUUCUACCGCUUAGAACUGCACGUCAACCACACCUACCAAAUGCACCUCGAAGGCAAACAGAGAGAAUACGAGUUCCUUGGCCUGACUCCGGACACAGAGUUCCUCGGGUCCAUCACAAUUUCUAUUCCACUGUGGUCCAAGAAGAGUGCCCCCUAUGUGUGCAGGGUGAAGACGCUGCCCGAUCGGACGUGGGCUUACUCCUUCUCGGGCGCAGUGCUGUUCUCUAUGGGCUUCCUCAUCGGUUUGCUCUGCUAUCUGGGCUACAGAUAUAUUACCAAGCCACCGGUACCUCCUAACUCCCUGAAUGUCCAGCGUGUCCUGACCUUCCAGCCUCUGCGCUUCAUCCAGGAGCACGUGCUGAUCCCUGUCUUGGACUUCAGUGGCCCCAGCAGUCUGGCUCAGCCCAUCCAGUACUCCCAGGUGGUGGUGUCUGGGCCCAGGGAGCCCCCCAGGGCUGCACAGAGGCACAGCCUGCCUGAGGCUGCCUACGUAGGGCAGUUAGAUGUCUCCACCCUCCUGCCCACCAACAUGCCACCUCAGCAGACAUCGUCCCCACCAUCCUAUGCUCCGAAGGCUAUCCCUGAGGUCCAGCCCCCCUCCUAUGCUCCUCAGGUAGCCUCCGAUGCCAAAACUCUGGUCUACUCGCCGCAGCAGGUGCCGAAGACCCAGCCUCCCACCUAUAACCCACAGGGCAUUCUGGACAGCUGGCCUGCUUCCUAUGCUGUGUGUGUGGAAGACUCCAGCAAAGACUCCACCCCUGAGAUCAUCCCCAGUCCCAAGCACAUCAAGCCAAAAGGUCAGCUCCAGGAAGACACGAUUGCUGGAACCUGUCUCCCAGGGGACCUUUCUCUGCAGGGAGUCACCUCCUUGCCUGAGGAGGAAGCACAGAGACCAAAAUCGCUUCCCCAACCUCUGGGGUUUUGCACGGACAGAGGGCCUGACCUUCAUGCACUGCACAGUGAGGAACCGGAGACACCACGGUACUUGAAGGGGACAUUGUCCCUCCUGUCCUCUGUCCAGAUUGAAGGCCACCCUGUCUCUCUCCCUUUGCACACACAUUCCCUCUCUGGUUUCCCCUCUGACCAAGGACCAAGUCCCUGGGGCCUGCUGGACUCCCUCGUGUGUCCAAAGGAUGAGGGUCCAGUGACUGAGGCCCUGAGCCCCAGUAAUGCAGCUUCUGAGCUUGGACAGUCCACAGAACUGGAUUCUCUUUUCAAAGGCUUGGCCCUGACUGUUCAGUGGGAGUCCUGAAGGGAGAUCAGAGGAAGCAGGCUUAGGCUUCCUCCUGCCCCACGCAGCUUUCAACCCCACACCCACUAAGCCACAGGCUCUAAAGGCCCAGAGCCAGGUGGGUGCCCUGGCAAGAACCAGAGGAAAGAAGAUUUGGGCCCCAGGCGGGAAUACAAAUGCAUGGUGAGGGCUGUGCUGUCGUGGAGAAGUUACAGGCAGGCCACAUGCGCAAAUGGCCUAUGCCACAGAGGCUGGCAGGUAAGGCAGACAGUGUAGGGUGAUACAGGGAAACC